AUGUUUGAUAACAAUAAACGCAAUGUCUAUGGAAUGAUUAUGAAAAUGUGCACUGAUCACAUGGUGGACAAGCUUGAGCAAGAAGCUGACUUUGAAAACAAACUAUUCAAUGAUCCUGUGGAGUUAUUGAUGUGGAUCAAGAACUUUAUGACGACUACUGUUGAUACAGAAUGGGAAUAUUUUGGUCUGUGGAAGACCAUGCGCAAUCUGAUUAUCUGUAUGCGGAUCAAAAGAUCAUGUUGCACCCCAAGACAACAAGGGAUGAUGUUAUUUCAACACAACAAUAAUGGUAUCCACUUGGAUAGUGGAUCUACUUUUCAUUUGCGAACCAAUGAAGAUGAUUUUAAAGAAGGAAGUCUACAAGGAAUUCAUGGAGAAUUCCAUUAUGCCUCUAAUGUUGAGGGAAGAGAACUUUAUCGAGAAGGAAUUGAUAAGGUAUUUGAUUCUGUUUGUAAGCUUGACACACUAGCUAGUGACAACGUCAACAGCUUGUCGAAUAUGGUACAAGAUGGAUUUGAUGUAUUUAUGGACACAAAGAGAGAGAACAGCUUGUUUGUGACUAAAAAUGGGACUACAUGGCAAUUUGGACAUCGCAAUGGAUUAUAUACUUUGGUUAACGAACCUGCUAUGGUAACAACAAUGUUUCAUGACCAUGCACGUGGACUUGAUAAUAAUGAUGUGCAAGGGUACUGUGCUCUACAGAGUGUGGAGAAGAACAAAGAGGGUUUCACAAACAAACAAGUGAAACGAGCAAAUGUUGCACGAAGUGGCUAUCAUAUGAUGGGAGCACCUGGUGCAGAACUAUUCAAGUUGGCGAUUUGGGGAAAUUUUUUCAAAAAUUGUCCAAUUACGGAGGAAGAUAUUAAUAUCUCUGAAAAGAUAUAUGGACCAAGCGUUUCAACAAUUAAGGGCAAACAAAAGCGACCAACACCAAAGGCGGUGGUUGAUGAUUGGAUCGAAAUGCCCAAGGAACUACUGAAACACAAUUCGAACCUGGAUUUAUGCAUCGACAUUAUGUUUAUCAACAAUGUCGCGUUUUUUGUCAGCAUUGACAAAGCAAUCAAAUUCCGAUUCAGUACUGAACUGAAAGAUCGGACAAAAGAUGCUAUUUACAAGUUGAUUGACAAAAUUUUACGCAUUUAUAAUCAUGCAGAAUUUCGAAUCAAAACUAUUUAUUGCGACAACGAAUUCAAACCGGUUAAUUGA